AUGGCAGAUAUGUCAAUACCUUUCCACUCCCUCCGAUUCGACAAUACGCUGAGGGAGGAAAAUGGUGACCCCCAAAACAGCGGGAUGACCUUCGCUGGACCAGUAAUGGAGACCAGAGCAGAGGUCCAAGUUUUACAUUCUCACGUACAGCCUAUAGUCUCCACUUCAGCGUCCGACCCUGAAGGGAUGUCUGCACAGCUGAUGACAUCCCCAGCCUUUGACACCACGUCUGCACCUGUAACGGAAGCACCAGACUCUGGAGCACUGUCGCCAUCACUAAUGCCAGGCUCCGACUCUGGGGCACUGUCCCCACUGCUAAUGGCAGCUCCAGAUUCAGAAGCACUGUCCCCAUUGCUGAUGCCAGCCUCAGAUUCUGGAACACUGUCCCCAUUGCUGUCCACUUCAGACUAUGGAUUAAUAUCCCCAGGGUUGAUGACAAUUCCUGACUUUGGGACAAUGUCUGCAGCACUAAUGGCAGCACCACAUUCUGCAGAGAUAUCACCAUUGGCAAUGCCAGCUUCGUCCUCUGGAGCAAUGUCUACACCUAUAGUGAGCACUUCAUCCUCUGAAGCGACACCCACCCCGUUGAUGCUGGCCCCAGAUCCUGGAGAGAUAUCCCCACUCCUGAUGCCCGACAUAAACCCUGGAGUGACGUCCACACAGCCAAUGCCAGCUCCAGGCUCUGAAGCAAUGUCACCUCUGCAAAUUACAGAUGAAGACACUGAAGCGAUGUCUCAAGUUCUAAUGACUGCUCUGGCCUCUGGAGAGAUAUCUUCACUGCUAAUGUCAGGCACAGACUCUGAAGCGAUAUCUUCACUGAUAAUGUCAGCCCUUGCUUCUGAAACAACGUCAUCCCAGCCAAUGAACACCCAAGACUCUGGGGAAGUGUCCACCCAGCUAAUGUCAGGCUCAGAUUCCAGAGUCGUGUCUUCACUGCUAGUGUCGGCUCCAGGUUCUGGAGCAAUGUCCACACCACUCCUAUCAGCUCCAGAUACCGGAGAAGUGUCCACGUUGCCAAAGCCAGCUCUGGAUGCUGAAGCAGUGUCCCCACUGCUAAUGACAGCCCUAACCUCUGGAGUGAUUCCCACCCAGCUGAUGUCAGCCCAAGACUCGGGACUGAUGUCCCCACAGUUCACACAGAAUCUGGACUCUCAAAUCAUGUCUACUCCACCAAUGAGAACGACGGCCUCUGGGGGGUCGUCCACAGCGCCAGCGAGAGCCCCUGACCCUGGAGCAAUGUCCAUACCGCAGAUGAGACCUCUGGCCUCUGGCAAUAUGGCUACAUUGCUAAAGACCGUUCCAGACUCUGGAACAUUGUCCACCCCACUGAUGACGGUCACAACUUCUGGAGCAAUGUCCACUGAGAAAAUGUCAACCACAGCCUCUAGAGUAAUGUCCUCACAGUUAACGAUGACCAGAACUUCUGGAGCAAUGUCUACAGGCUUUGUGAAAGCCACAGCCUCUGGGACAAUGUCCACCCUGCGAAUGAGACCCCUGGCCUCUGCGAUGACGUCUGCACCACUAAGGAGAACCCCAGCCUUUGGAGCAAUGUCCACACAGCCAGUUACAGCCCAAGCCUCUGAAACAAUGACCACACUACAACUGUCAUCCCCAGCCUCUGGGUCAAUGUCUACACUGCAGUUGAGAGCCCCUGUCUCUGGAGCAAUGUCUAUGUCACAAAGGAGAGCCACAGCCUCAGGAGUGACAGCUGUACCACAGUUGAGAGCCUCAGCCUCUGGAGCAAUGUCCACCCCACUGAUGACAGCCAAAGCCUCUGGAGCAAUGUCUACACUGGUAAUGAGAGACAGGGCCCCAGGAGUGAUGUCCUUGCCGCAAAUGAGAGCUACGGCCUCGGGAGCAUUGUCCAAGCCACUAAUGACAUCCAAAGCCUCAGAAGCCAUGUUCAUGCAGCAAAUGACAGCCACAGCUUCUGGAGAGAUAGCCACAAUGCUAAUGAGAGACACAGCUUCUGGAGCUAUGUCCAUGCGGCAGAUGACAGACACUGCCUCUGCAGGGAUGUCCACACCACUAAUGAGAGCCCCAGCCUCUGGAGACAUGUCCACACCACAAAUGACAGCUGCAGCUUCUGGAACUGUGUCCAUGCCUCUAAUGGGAGCCCCAGACCCCGGAGCAAUGCCCACAGUGUUAAUGAGAGCCACAGCCUCUGGAAAGGUGCCCAGUCAGCCACUGAGCACCCAAGACUCUGGAGGGAUGUCCAUGUCUUUCAUGAGAUCCAGGAUCUCAGGAGGGAUGUCCCCACUGGAGAUGCAAACCCCAGCCUCUGAAAUGAUGUCCCCACCAAAAAUGAGAGCCCCGGCCUCUGGGGUGAUAUCCACACCACUAAUGAGAGCCCCAGACCCUGGAGAGAUGUCUGCACUGUUCACAAGAGCUUCAUCCUCUGGACAGAUGUCCCCACCACUAAUGAGAACCCCAGUUUCUGGAGAGAUAGCCACAUCCCUGAGAGUCCCAGCUUAUGGGACAAUGUCUACUCCACACAUGACAGCUACAGCCUCUGGAAUGAUGCCCAUGCCACAGAUGAGGGCUCCAGUGUCUGGAGCAAAGCCCACACCACUAAUGAGAUCCACAGCUCCUGGAGCGAUGUCCAUGCCUCACGUGACAGCCACGGCCUCUGGAGGGGUAUCCGUGCCACUGGUGAGAAGCCCAGCCUCUGGAGCAACGUUCACACCACAAAUGAUGCCCACAGCUUCAGGAGAGAUGUACACACUACCAAUGCGAGCUCCAGCCCCUGGAGUAAUGUCCCCGCCACUAGCAAGAGCCCCAGUCUCUGGAAUGACGUCCACACCACUAUGGAGACCUUCAGCCUCCGAAGCCAUAUCCACAGAGUUAUCGAGAGGUCCAGUGUCUGGAAAGAUGUCCACCGCACAAAUGACAGCCAUGGCCUCUGGAGGGAUGUCCAAGCCAUUAAUGAGAGCCACAGCCUCUGGAACAAUGCCCAUGCCAUUGAUGUCAGCCAUGGCUUCUGGAGACAUGUCUGUGCCGCUAAUGAAAAGCAUGGCCUCUGGGGCAGUGUUCACGCUGCAAACGAGAGUCACGAGUUCUGGAUCUAUGUCCUUGCCACAUACAACAUACACAACUUCCGGAGGGAUGCCUGCACCGCCAGUGAGAGCCUCAGCUUCUGGAAUGAUGUCCAUGCCACUUCUGAGAGCCACAGCCUCUGGAGGGAUGGCCAUGCCACAAAUGACAGCCAUGGCCUCUGGAGGGGUGUCCAUGCCGCCAAUGAGGACCCCAGUCCCAGGAACCAUGUCCACACCACAAGUGGCAGCCACACCCUCUGGAAUGAUGUCCACUCUGGAAAUCAAAGCCACAGACUUUGGAGAAACAUCUGCCUCUCACAGCAAUGUCACAGCCUCUGGAUCAAAGUCCACACCACACAUGGCUGCCCCAGCUGCUGAAACAAUGAACCCACCACCAAAGGAAGUCCCAUCCUUUGGCAUGCUGACCCCAGCACUCUGUUACCUCUUAGAGGAACAGGAAGCAGCCCGGGGUUCAUGCUCUGUGGAGGAGGAGAUGGAGAUUGAUGAGGAGAAGCAAAUGAAGGGCUUUUUGAAUGACUCAGAAAAAAUGGCGUUUCUGGUGUCUCUUCAUCUGGGGGCAGCAGAGAGGUGGUCCAUCUUGCAGAUGGAGGUAGGAAACCCCCUCUCAGAUGAAAAUAAAUCUUUCCUGAGCAGAUCACAGGGCUUGUAUGACUCCCUAUCCGAGAUAGACAUCCUCAGUGCUGUUCUUUGCCACCCCAAGCAGGGCCAGAAGUCAGUCAGGCAAUAUGCCACUGACUUCCUGCUGCUGGCCCGACAUUUGUCUUGGUCUGAUGCCAUUCUACGGACCAGGUUUCUGGAAGGGCUCUCGGAAGCUGUUACCACCAAAAUGGGCCGGAUCUUCCUGAAGGUGGCCGGCAGCCUAAAGGAGCUGAUAGACAGGUCUCUCUACACUGAGUGCCAGCUGGCUGAAGAGAAGGAUUCCCCGGGCAGGUCAAGCCAGGUUCUGCUGUCAGCCUGUAAGCGGAAUAAUGAGGAGGCGAUGGAGAAUGAACAGAACUCUUAUCAGCAGACGGAGGAGCACCAGCAUGUUCCUAAACGCUGUUACUACCUGAAAGAGCAUGGAGACCCUCAAGAGGGUCUGCAUGACCACCUCCGACAGAGCACAGGCCAUCACAAGGCCCCCACCAACAAGUAA